GUUUUACAAAGAUCGGACCCCCUCUUCCAACAUGUCCAAGUUCGGCGUCCUAGUGAUGGGCCCCGCCGGGGCCGGCAAGACGACCUUCUGCAGCGCGGUGAUCCAACAGCUCCAGAACACGCGACGGAGCUGCUUCUACGUGAACCUGGACCCGGCGGCGGAGACGUUCAGCUACGAGCCGGACCUGGACAUCCGGGAGCUGAUCACGCUGGAGGACGUGAUGGAGGAGCUGGGGCUGGGCCCCAACGGCGGGCUGAUCUACUGCUUCGAGUUCCUGCUGCAGAACCUGGACUUCCUGACGGAGGCGCUGGACCCGCUGAGCGAGGAGUACCUGAUCAUCUUCGACAUGCCGGGCCAGAUCGAGCUGUACACGCACAUCCCGCUACUGCCGUCGCUGGUGCAGUUCCUGUCGCGCGCCGGCCCGCUGAACAUCUCGCUGUGCGCCGCCUACCUCCUGGAGAGCACGUUUGUCGUGGACAAGGCCAAGUUCUUCGCCGGCACGCUGAGCGCCAUGUCCGCCAUGCUGAUGCUGGAGAUGCCGCACGUGAACAUCCUGACCAAGAUGGACCAGGUCAAGGACAUGAUCUCGCGCAAGGAGCUCAAGCGCUUUACCAACGUCGACGUCCAGCUGCUGCAGGCGGACCAGGACCGCGACGAGGAGGAGGCAACAGGCGGUGGGGAGGUCGUCGUCCAGGGCGAUCCCGCGGCCAAGGAGAACCUGCUCAGCGGCGGCUCCUUCAACCAGCUCAAUCGCGCCGUCGGCCAGCUCAUCGAUGACUUCAGCAUGGUCUCCUUCUUGAAGCUCGAUGUCCAGGACGAGGACAGCGUCGCCGCCGUGUUGAGCCAUAUUGACGAUGCCAUCCAGUACCACGAAGCGCAGGAGCCGCGCGAGCCCAACGAUGCCCAGGAGGUCGAUUAUGAGGAUGGCGAUAUGUGA